AUGUUCGUAACCACCACACAUGGCGUGGCCAAAAGCAGCAGCACAAACAGUACUGAAUCGAGCUCGACCAAGAACGAAGACCAACAUCAUCACCUCGAUGACAAUGACAAUCACAAUCACAAUCACCAUGAUGGCCGGUCUGCCCAUCUCACGCUUCUAGGCUCCUUCCUCGUUUUCUACGCCUCCUUCGGCCUCAUGAGUAGCUUUGGCUUCUUCCAGGAUUUCUACGCGCGCGAGUUCCUGGUGCACACGCCCGAGUCGCGUAUCGCGUUUAUUGGCACGCUGCAGAUGGCGCUGACGAACCUCAUGGCGGCCGUGUCGGGCGCGCUGUGUGAUCGGUAUGGUGUCAAGUACCUCUUCCUCUGCUCGGGCCUCGGCACCAUGCUCUCCCUGCUCAUGCUCUCGUUCGUGGCGCCAGCCCAAUUCUGGCUUGUCUUCUUGAUCCACGGCGUGCUCAUGGGCUUGUCGAUUUCCUUUGGCGUCCAGCCUGCGCUCACCGUCGUUGCGCAGCGCUUCACGCAGCAUCGCGCGCUGGCCAUGGGUCUUGUUUCUACGGGCUCGGCGCUCGGUGGAAUAGGGUUUCCACUGGUCUUUGGCCACUUGCUGCCCAAAGUCGGGUUUGCCGUUGCGCUGCGGCUGGCGGCGCUCAAGGUCGCUGUUUGUUACGCCAUUGCGCUGUGCAUUUCUAUCAGCAGGCCGGGCGGCAGGUUUGAGGCAAAGAAUAGCGCUUGUCUGAUUGAUUUUCGCGGCUUCUUGGACCCUCGGUAUGCCGUGUUGUGUGUGGGGACGUGGUUUGCCAUUCUGGGUCUUUGGCUACCGGCUUACUAUAUCAAAACAUAUGCCGAUAAUGUGUACCCUGGCAACAACAUUAGCAAGUACUUUUUGUGCAUCAUCAACGGGUGUAGUAUCGUUGGCGCAGUUCUCACCGGCCUCCUCGCCGACCGGCUCGGCCAUCUAACCCUCCUGUGGCCCGCAACCCUCAUCUCCUCACUUCUAACCCUCUUCCUAUGGCUCCUCUCGCGCAACCUCACGACGCUCGCCCUCUUCGCCUGCACAUACGGGCUAGCCGCCAGCAGCGUGACAACGCUGCCGCCCGCCAUCAUCAGCCAAAUCACACCGUCGGGCCAGCUCGGCGCCCGCACCGGCGCCUUCUACAGCGUCAUUGCCGUGUCGAGUCUGAUUGGCACGCCGAUUGGAGCACAACUUGCCAUCCUGACAUAA